UGACACAACAGUGAGAUCACAGCAGCAGCACUACAGUCGGAUGAACAGACCUCAUUCAAGUGCUUCUUCUAGAGAUGUGUGCCGCCCGAACCUGAUGGUCCUGGUGCCAGGGGGCAUCAUCAGACAGAGAAUAACCUUUAUCACAGAGUAUCGCUAAGCUGAGACCUGACCUGUACUGAGCAUCAUGGGUGGAGCGGUUGUCGACACUGGUGACAGCGGGGUCAAGGCACCUGAUGGAGGAUGGGGCUGGGCUGUCCUCUUCGGCUGCUUUGUCAUAACUGGUUUCUCCUACGCAUUUCCGAAAGCAGUCAGCGUCUUCUUCAAAGAGCUUAUCCGGGAGUUUGGAGUGGGUUACAGUGACACUGCUUGGAUCUCCUCCAUUCUUCUUGCAAUGCUUUAUGGCUCAGGACCUCUAUGCAGCAUCCUAGUGAACCGUUUUGGGUGUCGCCCUGUGAUGAUGGUUGGGGGGCUUUUUGCUUCGCUGGGUAUGAUUAUGGCAUCCUUUGCAACCAGCAUCAUUCACAUCUAUCUCUGCAUAGGAGUCAUAACAGGUUUGGGUCUUGCUCUGAACUUUCAGCCAUCCCUCAUCAUGCUGAACCGAUAUUUCAGUGAGAAAAGGCCCUUGGCCAAUGGCCUGGCUGCAGCUGGAAGUCCCGUGGCUCUGUGCUGUUUGUCUCCUCUUGGUCAGGUUCUUCAAUACAAGUAUGGUUGGCGUGGAGGCUUCCUCAUACUUGGAGGGAUACUACUGAACUGCUGUGCAUGUGGAGCCCUAAUGAGGCCCUUGAAAGCACCGAAAAAAACAAACGAGGUGGAAGAGAAGAAAGAAACGAAACCCAAACCAAAGGCCAAGCUUCUUGACUUCACCGUCUUUAAAGAUCCUGGCUUUGUAAUUUACACGGUGGCCGCGGCCAUUAUGGUGCUUGGUCUUUUUGUGCCUCCUGUGUUUGUGGUAAGCUAUGCCAAGGAACUGGGCAAUGAGGACACCAAGUCUUCCUUGUUGCUCACCAUACUGGGGUUUAUUGACAUCUUCGCCAGGCCCACGUGCGGCAUCAUCGCUGGGCUCAAGUGGGUGAGGCCACGGUGCGUUUACCUCUUCAGUUUUGCUAUGAUCUUCAACGGCACCACUGAUAUUGUCGGCUCCUUGGCCAAAGACUAUCCAUCUCUUGUGGUGUUCUGCAUCUUCUUCGGUAUCUCCUAUGGCAUGGUUGGAGCCUUACAGUUUGAGGUGUUGAUGGCCAUUGUGGGAACAGAGAAGUUCUCCAGUGCCAUCGGCUUGGUGCUGUUGGUCGAAGCCGUUGCGGUGUUGGUGGGACCACCUGGAGCAGGUCGUCUUCUGGAUUACACAAAGAACUACAUGUAUGUCUUCCUGCUGGCCGGUUGUGAAGUGGUUCUCUCUGCCCUUGUGCUCUGCAUUUGUAACUUGCUCUUCAUCAAAAUGAAGCCCCAAGAACCUGACCCUCCAGCCAAGAUGGAGAUGGCCAUUACUGAGACAGAGAUGGAGGAGCUCAACAAAGCACCACAGGACGACCAAGACAACAGAGGUGGUGCUGGUGAGAACGGGAAGAAGCAAGCCGUCGAACUGGAAGCAACAACAGAAUCUGAUGUUAAAGAGUUGGACUCGAUAGAGUUGGAGAACGCUUCCAAAAAGGUGACUGAACCAAACGGUGUGACUGUAGAACCUGAAUCCUCUCUGUGAAGAUACUUGAACAAUAGUUCAAUAGUGACAGAGCUUCCCCAGUAGGACUCGCAGACGUGUGUUUGUUGUGGUGAAUGCUUUUUGUAUCGCGCUUUGAGUGUGGUUGUGAGGACCGCUUUCAGACCUGCUCUGCAGUUUAGAUGUAGCAUAUGCAUUUGGAUUUUAGGCCAAUCACUGCCUUGCAUAUGUUAACAAAUGACAGGAUGUGUUCUCAAUAGGUUCUUGAAAAAAAUAAUUUUUGGUCAGUAUACACUCCACAUCGGAGCAGGGCACCAACAUUGUACUGAAGAUUACCAGCUUGCUUCUUUGUGGCAUUCAGUGUUUGCUAAUGUGGAUUGUUGGUUUGUAGUAUCUUUUAUCAUCUACUGUUACAUUUUUAAAUUGGUCCUGAGAGCGCACAGAAUUUUUAAAGCUUGUUCAAAGUCCUGUUGUUCCAACCAGACAUGACAUGCAAAUGAAGUUCUUAGUUAGUCUCUUUUAAAUUGGACAUGUUCUUGAGGAAUGUACAGAAUUCAGAUAUGCUUAUUUUUGUGGAACUUUUCAAAGGAAAUAACUGUUGGAGGACAAAGCUGUUACAUUUUUAUUAUUAUUUUUUUUUUUAAACUUGUGUGUGUAUAGAGUAUCAGUAUUUAUAUUGAAGUGUUGCUGUCAGGUGGCAGCUGCUCCUCAUGUUUAUGUAUUUUAUUCAUCUAAUUGUCAGUGUUUUCAGACCAACUGCAUCAAUCAGGAGAGGACCACAGCCUAUACAUGUGUUGGUUAUGUAACAUUUUUAGUUCAUUCAAAUUCAUUGUUUUUCAGUGGGCAUUUCCCCUUUUUUUUUUUUUUUUUUUUUUUUUUUUUUUUUUUUUAAACGAAAUAGUACUACAUGACUUUGAAAAUGGUGGCAUGGUUAAAGCCCUUCUAAACUUUACCUCGUUUUCUUUCACCAGCAGUUUGUGAGUAGGGACCCUCUAUGUUCUAAAGACACUUGAGCUAUUUUUGGUUGUGCCUUAAGUCUUGUAGCCAUCAUACAGAAUUUGUGAAUCACUUGAGAAAUAAAUACAUCCUUCCCUCUCCACUGGAA